GAAUUGUGAAAAUGCAUUAAGAAACAAAACAAAGAGCCAGUGCAGAGAGAAGGGUUAUGCCUUGUAGUCUACAACUGAAUAAAACCUUGCUCAAAUUCUAGCUCUAGAUCCCUAGAAUCCAUACGCUUAAGUGCAGGUCCAAGACUAAACGUCUUCUGCUCUAAGUCUCUUUCAAAAUGUCUGCACAGAAAAGAGGCGCUGAAACAAAAGGAAAGGGAAGUAAUAAACACAAGAGAGUAGAUUCUGCUGACUGCUGUGUGGAUGAAGAUAAAGAAAGUCUUAAUGUAAUUGAAGACGAUAGUGGCAAAGCUCUUGUGGUCUGUGACAUUUUAAUACUAAACCAUCACUUGCCCCAGCGCAGCCAAGGUGACGUUGAAAUUGAGGAAUACGAUGGAACAGAACUGGAUCUGAAAAAUAAAUGUAUCAGCUGUGAAAAAAACCCAGAUCAUGCAGAGUUCAUACCUAUUGAUGAGUUCAAGUUACAACAUUUACCCCCCACUCAUCGAGACAAAAACUUAUAUAAACUCAUAAAAUCCAUGGCUGACCUGACAGUCAGAAUACAUGUUGGAAAAGUCAGUCCAUACAGACCAAUGUUUUGGCCGGAUUCCGAUAGAAUAUAUAAACCUCCCAAAGAGGACCGAGGAAAGGAAUUCACUGGGAGCGGAAGGAUAGUACGCAUAGAACAAUUUAAAAAUGGAGUGAAUGAAGAAGACGGAGGUAGAGAAAGUGACUACACGAAGUGUUGGUGUUCAAAGUGUCAAAUACCGCCAAGCAAUGUCUGGUGGGAAUGCUCUGUAGACACAGCCACACACAAUGUUUUUGAUGGCGUUGAGGCAGCCCACACAAGUUUGAGAUUGUUUUUUGAUCGAGAAAGUUGUGACAAAGUCAUAAUUGAAAAAGUGUAUUUAAUUUACAAUCGCAUUGAUGAUGACAAGUGUUGGUUGCAAUUUGCGACAUGUGACCAAAGUUUGGGAAAUAGACUCGAAAAUAUGAUCAACCGUUAUAUAACCAUUCAGAAGAAAGUAUAUGAGAAAUAUAAGCCCAAUAGAGAUACAGAUAAAUUGACUUUUAUUGUGUCACAUCCUCAUGGGUGUCCUAAGAAGGUCAGUAUUGGUCAUUGGAUGACUAGAGAAAAGCGGGACGAACAUGAUUCUACUGUGUUUACCUAUUCAGCUUGUACAUGUCCAGGAAGUAGUGGUGCUAAUGUCCAUUUUCCGGGAUAUAGUGGUUUCCCAGAAUUCGUUCACAUUGGCGUUAAUGGUUUGGGGUUUAAUACUUGUGGAGCUAAUAUUGCUGAUUAUUAGGUCCCUGGUGUAUUCAGACACUGAUAUAUAUUUAAAAACAUUAACUAUUUUGCUUAUAACUUGAAAGUUGUUGGCUUAAGAAGAUUGAUUGAAUUUUGUUUAUAACAUUGUUUAGAAUAUUAUUAUUUAAAGUAUACUUUCUUGUAAACUAAAAAAAUCUUUCCAUAUGUGCAAAGACGUAAACCUUCAUUGUAUAUGCAUAUACAAUCAACAGUUCUUCUUCUGGUUAAGUCAUAUAACAUUUAUAAAUCUGAUAUUGACUUUUUAAUAUUUGCUUAUUACAACUGUAGUACGCGAAACGUUAGUAAAAAAAUCCUUUAUGUCAGCUGAAAACCUAAGAGAUUCGAUCUAUUCAAAGUAAAAUAUUCUGUUCGUAGUUCGUAUAUUUUUCUCCCUUUUCAUAUAUGUGUAUGCGUAAUAAAUUUUCAUAAUAUUAUGGCACUUUCUUCUAUCUUUUUUUGUACCUUAGGAUAGACACUUCCUUUUGUUAUUGGAAAUACAAUUAGGGGGUCAUUAUUUAAAACUAAAAAACAUAACUUCUAAUGGAGGGGGUUGACUUUAAAACCCCUCAUAAUGGAAAUUGGUCAUUGUUGUUUGCUUUAGAUUUAUAAAAAAAAAAGGAGUUUUAUCGUCAAAAACCAUCUGUUAGGGUUUUUUUUAACUCAAAACCAUCAGGAGUUGUUUUUUUAACUCAAAACCAUCAGGAGUUGUUUUUUUUACUCAAAACCAUCAGGAGUUGUUUUUUUUACUCAAAACUCCCAUUUGGUUACGCUCACAAAAUUUGGCGACUGUAUUUUACUUUAGUUUAACAUUUAAGAGCGGGGGCUUAACCUCAAAACCCCCUGGAGUUGUGUCUAAAAGUCAAAACCACAUGGAUUGGGUUUUAAACUUAAAAUCCUCUGGAGGGGGUGUUAAACUCAGAGCCCCUCUUAGUGACUUGUUUGUUUUAGUUUUAUAUUGAAAACUCUAGAGGGGGAUUUAAAUUCAAAAUCCUCCCUUGGCUGCGUUGGGGCAAUUGAUGGUUUAACAUUAAAAUAGCACUUAUAAUAAACAAUAUAAAAACAAAAAAGCAGUCACAGAAUUGCCUCUUCAACCCCCUGCGGGAGGGGGGUUUAACCACAACCCCCGGCUCCACCCAUGUAUGCGUGUGUGGGGUUUCACAGUGAAGAACGCUUUUGGCGUAGGGGCUUCGCCUCGAAUCCCUCUGGAGGAACUUACAGCGCUCACCCAAACCCCUAGCUGUCAAGAGAAAGGCCUCAACUUGUUUUUUUUUUCGCUUAAGGUUGAGAAACACUGCUUUGUAAAAAAUUCUCAUAUAUAUAUAUAUAUAUGUACGGUUAGGGUUUACUGAGCGUUUGGGUUAGGGUUUGGAAAAAAAUCCCCCCUCCCCACUCCACUCCAAAGUUCGCAAAACUUUGUUACACACUUUGAAGGUGAAAUGCAUCCAGUUACAUUCAGUUAUAGAGUAGGUAGAGAUUGAAAUACAUUCAGUUAUAGCGUAGGUAGAGGGUGAAAUACAUUCAGUUAUAGCGUAGGUAGAGGGUGAAAUACAUUCAGUUAUAGAGUAGGUAGAGUUUGAAAUACAUUCAGUUAUAGAGUAGGUAGAGUUUGAAAUACAUUCAGUUAUAGAGUAGGUAGAGUUUGAAAUACAUUCAGUUAUAGAGUAGGUAGAGUUUGAAAUACAUUUAGUUAUAGCGUAGGUAGAGGGUGAAAUACAUUUAGUUAUAGCGUAGGUAGAGGGUGAAAUACAUUCAGUUAUAGCGUAGGUAGAGGGUGAAAUACAUUCAGUUAUAGCGUAGGUAGAGGGUGAAAUACAUUCAGUUAUAACGUAGGUAGAGGGUGAAAUACAUUCAGUUAUAGCGUAGGUAGAGUUGUGAAUACGUUUUCAAAAAACGCACAUUUGAAGGUUAAUUUGCUUAUAUAAUCAAAUGAAUAGACUAUAUUUUGCACAUUCACGAGUAAAACUUUAAAAAAAAAUUUUAGCGAAGAUUAGAACUUAGAAUUAGAUAUUAGAUCUAGCCUUGGCGAAUCAAGUGAAAUGCUAAUUUUCGUCACUGACCUAAAUCUUCUAGGCCUACACACACACAAAAAGCACAAUAUGAUUUAGUUUGAUUACACAGCAGUUGUAAAGAAAUGACAACUCUUAACUAUUCAAAUUAAUGUAAAUGUAAAACUGUAUUUUUUCAGAUAAAUAAAUGUAAAGAGUAUAAAUGCCACUGUACUCUGACUGUACAUUUGUACUUAUUGGGGCAAGAAUGUAGGCUACAUCUAAAAACAAAUACUUUAGUAGGCGUGACCUAGAUAUAAUUGAAAGUUGAGAGUUCCAUUUUCGAUUCAAUUAAAUCUGAAAUAAAGAUUUAUAAUUAAAGUAAA